CUUAUGACCAAAAGUAUUACAGUCGUGGGAUAUCACGGAUUACAUAGUAGUGCAAUUUCAGAGAGAGUGGGCUGCUAUUUUUAGCCGUUUAAACGACCACAUGUAGGCCUUCUCGUUGGCUUCUGACCCUUCUCUGUAUUUGGCGCUCUACACACGUCUAUCUACACGUAAUACCAAACCCUGGAUUACGUAUAUGUACAUAUAUGAUAAUAUUAUAACGCAAUGCAAUAUAGUAUAACAUAAUAUACAAUUAUUAUCUUAUUUUGUUUUAUGUUUCUAAAUUUAAAUAUUAAUUCUGGUUCCCUGAAUUCUUAACUGAUAAAGUACAGUUCAGUGGGAAAAACGGCUAAACAGUUGCCUCAUGAAUAUUUCCAAUUACGGGACACGGAAGUACGUUUCAUUUAUAAACCGAGAGAAACUAGUGGUUGCCCAACCGGCUAGAAAUAGCAGCAGAAUCACUUUCAAAACUCUACCGUAAUAAUGAAAUGAACACACUAUAUUAUAGUAAGACUUUCAAUAACAAAGGAUAGGCAUAACUAGAAUACCUUUAGUUAUAGGUUUAUACGGUUAUGAUUGACCUACGCUCAACUACAAUAACAUUUCGUAAUUUUCAUAUGUUUUUGUUUAGUUUUCAUUUUCUUCAUCCAAUAUUCACAGUACGAUAACCUCACAUUACGUAGACUUGUCUCAUUGUUUGACGUAUUAAAAGAUAUUAUCGUUGAACAAUCACAUAUAUAUGUGUGGGUUGCGGCUGUUGUUGUUUACGAUAAACAGGUUCGUUCGGCUCCCAGUGCUGCUACUAUUUAUGAAUGAACAAACAAAAUAUCAACAUCUGGCUAACUGUUUAUAAUUCGACCCACUCGCCUUGCUGAAGGCUGCUGCUCUCAACAAUAUAAGUGCAGUUUUACUGCGAGGAGAAAAGUGAAUCUCUUACUUUGGUUUUAUAUAUAAUAUAUAUAUAUCUGUAAUAUAAAAGAAAAUAUUUAUUUGAAACCUGCCUACUCAAAGAUUAUCCGGUUUGCUCAUUUCAUAAACUGUUGUGAUGGCUGAAGCACACUCAGCAGUUGCAUUCUCCUUCAGUGUGACUUCUGAAGGUCUCGAUGUUAAUGUCAACCGAGAGGUACUGGGCCUUAUUUUCAAGAGUGGUGUCACAUCAUGGAAAAAACGUUUAGGAAGAUUCAAAAAUACAUUCCGUACAGGUAUCUACCCUGUCACACCUAUGGGACUUGGGUUUAUUGUUACACUAAUAGCUUCUAUGAAAGCAAAGAACUUUGCUCCAAGAAUCACAUAUUUAGAUAAUAUAGCAGACACCCUCCCAAAGGUGGACAUAUACAACAAUACAGUUAAUAUAUUUGGCAAUGUUUUUUAUGGUGUUGUUGUCUGUGGAGCUUUUACUUUUGCCAUCCGCAUGAUGCUGAGGGUUUUGUUCACAUAUCAAAGGUGGAUUUAUGAAGUCAGAGGUCCAGUGUCUUUAAGAACCAAAAUUUGGCUAAUGUUUGUGAAAGCUUUUAGGUUUAUAGGUCAAGAGCCUUUACUGACAAGUUUUCAAGGUGCUUUGCCUAAAUUACCAAUUCCAUCUAUUGACGACACUAUGACACGUUAUCUUCGUUCUGUAAAACCAUUAUUGGACAAGGAGAACUAUGACCGAAUGGAAAAACUGGCACUUGACUUCAAAAGUGGUGUAGCAAAGAAAUUACAGCGUUACCUCAUCCUCAAGUCCUGGUGGGCUUCAAAUUAUGUUUCUGAUUGGUGGGAAGAAUAUGUCUAUCUUCGGGGACGUUCUCCAAUUAUGGUCAACAGUAAUUUCUAUGGAGUUGAUGCUGUCUUAAUACAGCACACUCCUAUUCAAGUGGCUCGUGCUGCUAACCUCAUCUAUGCUAUGUUGCUUUAUCGUAGAACAUUGGAAAGGCAGGAGUUAAAACCAAUUUUUGUGAAUAAAAUCAUCCCUCUUUGUUCAUCUCAGUAUGAAAGACAAUUUAAUACAACAAGAAUUCCUGGCAUUGAAACUGAUACCCUUGUUCAUUACAAAGACAGCAAUCACAUUGCUGUCUAUCACAAAGGUAGAUUCUAUAAAGUGUAUAUUCGUCAUGGAGGAAGACUACUAACACCCAAAGAGAUAGAAGUAUCGCUACAGAAAAUAGUUUCUGACAGAACUGAUCCAUGUCCUGGUGAGAUGCAUUUAGCAGCACUCACAGCUAGUGAUAGAGUCAGUUGGGCAAAGGCUCGUCAAACUUUUUUCAACAAAGGCAAAAACAAAACUUCAUUAGAUGCUAUUGAAAAGGCUGCCUUUUUUGUCACACUGGACGAUGAACCUCAGAGCUAUAGUGAUCUUGAUCCAACGAAAUUAAACAAAUUUAGUCGCUCCAUGCUCCAUGGUAAAGGUUAUGAUCGUUGGUUUGACAAAUCAUUCACACUUGUAGUUUGUUCAAAUGGCACGGUUGGUUUUAAUGCUGAACAUUCAUGGUCUGAUGCACCAAUUACAAGUCAUCUGUGGGAAUACUCCAUGCAACUAUCCAAUGAAGAAGGAUAUACUGAUGAUGGCCACACUAAAGGAACAAUUAUUGAACCAUUGCCUAACCCCAUUAAACUUGAAUGGGAUAUCUCAGCUGAAUGCCAGGAUGUUAUUCAGUCAAGUCUGAAGGUGGCUACAGAUCUACUCAACAAUGUCGACUUGUACAUUCUGAUCCACAACCAGUAUGGUAAACGCUUCAUGAAGCAACAUAAAAUUAGUCCAGAUGCUUAUAUCCAGAUGGCACUACAGCUGGCUUACUAUAGAGAUUGUAAGAAAUUCUCUCUUACAUAUGAAUCUGCAAUGACUCGACUGUUCCGAGAAGGAAGAACUGAGACUGUACGUUCAUGUACACUUGAAUCAGUAGAAUUUGUUAAAGCAAUAGUGGAUCCAUCUGUGCCGAGGAAAAAAUGUAGAGAAUUGUUAAUGAAAGCUUGUACUGUUCACCAAAAAAGUUAUCGUGAAGCAAUGACUGGCAACGGUAUUGAUAGACAUUUAUUUUGUCUAUAUGUUGUCUCCAAGUACCUUAAGAUUGACUCUCCUUUCCUGAAAGAGGUUUUAAGUGAGCCAUGGCGACUGUCUACUAGCCAGACACCACACCAACAAACAGAUAAGUUCGACUUGAAUAAAAACCCUGAGUACAUAUCAGCUGGUGGAGGUUUUGGACCAGUUGCUGAUGAUGGCUAUGGUGUAUCAUAUAUUAUAGCAGGGGAAGAUGUAGUAUUUUUUCAUAUUUCUAGCAUUAAAUCAUCUCCAACAACGGAUUCUGAAAGAUUUAGCAAAAACAUAUUGAGCUCAAUGAAGGAUAUAAAACAAAUGUUAGAGACCUCAUAAUAUUUUCCAAGAUGUAUAAAGUUGUACCAUAAAGGACAUUGCUAAAUAAAUUUGUUUUUUUAACAGAUAACCCAACACCAUCCAUUACAAGUUUCAAUUUUCUCUAAAAAUGCACAGAAAGCAAUAAUCAUCUGAUCUCAAAGAGUGUUCUAAGACUUUGUCCAUAUUCCUUGUGCUAACGAACCUCUAAAUUUGAUCAUCACAGUAUUUCAGCUGCCAUUCCAAACCGAUGUUAAAAGUGAUGUGGUAUAUAGACUUAUUUGGCACUGGAAUAUUACCAGUAUUCAUCUUUUUACUACAAUCAGAAACCAUCCAAUUUCCUGUCAUUUUUUACUUUGCUUUGGUUGUUGAUAGAUGAAUUUAUUUCAUUUUUUUUUUUUUUU